UUUGUUGCAUUCCUGCGGAGGAUUUGACCUCUGAACUUAGCUUGUCCUGCAAUAGUACGGCUGCUAGCACUGUAACUCUGCCUCGACAGGAAGAUGUGUUUGUAGUGUUGGUUUAAACUCAGCAGCAGACACACCAGCAACCACUGCACAAAAGCGUUGCCUUGCGUCGAAAAGAGCCUUUUCUUCGAUUAUACUUAGCCGCUGCUGAACAGAUCAGUCGGGAUUGCUUUUAGGUUGCUUAGUAGCCACCCAGCAGAGGCGAGCGCUAAAGAAAUGAAGGACAAGCAAAAGAGAAAGAAGGAGCGGACCUGGGCUGAAGCAGCUCGAAUGGUCCUGGAGAACUUCUCUGAUGCACCCAUGACUCCCAAACAAAUCCUCCAUGUCAUCCAGACCAAGGGGCUGAAGGAAAUGAGAAGUGGCACCGCUCCUCUGGCCUGCCUGGUUACCAUGCUACACUCCCAAGUGAGGGGAGACAGGGUCAAGAACAGCAUUUUCUUCAAGCUUCCUGGACGAAUGAGCUUGUUCACUCUCAAGAAAAAUGCUCUCCAGUGGACAAAACCAACUUCAGAGUCAGAAGUUCCCCCAGAGCCAGUGGGAAAUGUUGCGCAUCCCACUUCAAGCUGCAGUACCUCAGUGGCGGGAUCUGCUGUUGCCCUGGUUGACUCCAGUGAAACCAUUGAACAGGAGAGCUGCGACUCCUCAGAAACGAUUGUCGCAGCCAUCAUGGACAAUGAUGCAUCAGUGGAUGAGAAUUCAUCCAGUGCCUCCUGCUCCACAGAGCUGCAGACUCCCAGCACCCACCCUCAGACACGGCUCAGCAGGGCAACAGGACAGCAGGGACGCACGGAUCCUCAGCAAAGCCAACAUGCUCAGACUAGACUGAGUCGUUCAAGACAGUCAGGAAGACAAAGGAAGAAGGCUGUCAUGAUGCCUCGUGUUGUCCUCACUCCACUUAAAGUCAACGGAGAACACGUGUCUACAGGUCCCAUGAAAAAGAGUCGUGGAGGCGUAGACAUAGACUUUGAAACGCCCGGUUCCAUCCUGGUCAACACCAACAUUAGAGCGCUCAUCAAUGUGCGGACCUUUUCAGCUUUUCCCUCGCAUUCACAGCAGCAGCUACUGCAGCUGUUGCCUGAGGUGGAUCGACAAAUUGGGCCUGAUGGUAUGACCCGCCUCAGUACUUCAGCUCUUAACAAUGAGUUCUUCACCCAUGCCUCUCAGAGCUGGAAAGAAAGGCUUGCUGAAGGUGAAUUCACCCAUGAAAUGCAAGUCCGUUUCCGACAGGAAAAGGAGAAAGAGAAAAAAGUAGAGGCUUGGAAAGAGAAAUUUUUUGAAGAAUACCACGGGCAAAAGUCUGGCUUAACACGAGACGAGUCUCUAAAACUCAUAAGCGAAGCUAGUGAAGUUGCAGGCACUGUGCUGGAAAGUGAUGCUGACGUCGUCUCAGCCGGUGUCCCGAAAAGACGCAGUGUGGGUCGGCGAAGGAGAGACGGCAGGAUGAGGAGACGCACACGGGCUGACCUGCGUCGUAGGGCCCGCCGGACCCUUUGUAAGACCGGUCCAGCUCUGCAAUCAAAAGAGACUAGUGAUGACACUACUGCUGUUUUGGACAUAGCUGCAGUGCCCAUUGACUCUCCUAUAUCCAACAACACAGUUGUCCAAGGAGAGGUCGUUCUCCAUGUUGACUGUGGUGUGGAGCUCCCACUUGAGAGUACCGUGACAGAGCCUAAGGCCUCUCCCGCUCCAGAGCCAAUGACGUUGGCAGUUCCUACUCCUCUUCCAAGUCCUAGUCCUAGCACAGCAUCCACCAGUGCAAAUGAAGAGACUGAAAUUACUCCCUCUAUGCUCCCCAAAGAAGCUGCACCUGCUCUAGCUUCUACCACCUCUCCAUCUUCCUCAUCCAGUUCUUCCUCUUCACCUGCCUCCUCACCUGCCUCGUCACCCUCUUCUUCUGAACAACAGGGAGCUUUUACCACAGGUCUGGACUCUUCGUCCUCUUCAGGAUCUUCCAGUGCCACUGUUCCUGCUGAUCCCUUGGACGAUACAGCCUCUGUGGUCACCUCCGUCACAGGAGGGACCGUCACUAGCAGCCGUGAGAGCAGCCCAUCGGCUAGUCCAGCUACCACCCCCAUGCUCGUCACUCAGCUUAAGGAACAGAAGAGAAGGCAAGAUGAGGUUGAGGCUUUCUGCAGCUUUCCCGAAAAAAGGGCACGUCUUAAUGACCGUCGGUCCUUUCGUACCACAAUUGACAGUGUCUGUUCAGAGAAGCCACAGCCGACAACCGAAGAACCCAAGGUGCCACCUAUCCGGAUUCAACUUUCCAGAAUCAAACCUCCCUGGGUCAAAGGGCACUCCACCUACCAGAUCUGCCCCCGAAUCGUGCCCCAGACCGAAUGCUCGCGGAGGUCGGGUACGGGUGGCGCGCGGACCCUCGCAGACAUCAAGGCCCGCGCUCAGCAAGCCCGUGCCCAACGCGAGGCUGCUGUUGCGGCCUCUAGCGAGGGGCCAGGGGCGACCAGUGUCCGGCUGUGGUCUUCUACUGGGUUAUCGGAUAGCAGCAGCGAACGAAGAACAAGAGAGCAUCCAGGACCAAUCGAGCCCGGAGGAGGAGGAGGAGGAGGAGGAGGAGGAAGAGGAAGAAGAGAGGGUGGGAAUGAAGAGCAGGAAUUUUCUUCAGAACCUAAUUCGUCUGGAACACAACUACAGCUUCUCGAUGUAGAAGCUACAUCCCACUCAUCUCCUUCAUUGUCAAAUACAUCAGCUUCCAUGUCACCACAAGUUGCAAGUCCUCAUCAACACAGACCAGGCAUGGCAGCAAAGGUUCAUGUGGAUGUAGGGGAAACGUCAGCCAAACCCCUGAGAUCAUGUAAUGAGUUAACAGAUGGGGAUUUCACAGUUCCCCCAGAGCCCGACUCCAAGUCUGUGUCAUCAGCCACCAAGUCAGCCACAAACAGCCCAAUACCUGAGUCUACUGCUCCCUUUUCAGAUGUGGCAGAUCCAGGUUGUGUAAAACUUACCUUAACCCAAACUUCAAUUCCAGAUUCCUUUCCCAGGUUUGGUGCUCAUGGUGUGGACGUUAUUCAAACACUGGGGACCAAAGGACAAGAAAAGGGAAAGGAGGUUGGACUGGGUGGUGUUAUCCAUCACAGUUCACAUCAUUUGGACCCACAGGAAGAAUUUUCUCAUUUAGCCACAUGGCCAAAAACGGUGUCUUCUCCAAAACGUACAGAGAUCGUUGACGUUUUCAGACAGAAGGAUGACGAAGACGGCGUGCACAGUGAUUCAACAGAAACUGCUUCAGACUGUGAAAAUGAGACUCAGGAGGAUGAGCAGCAACAGCAGCAGUAUUCUGACCCCAGCUGGACCUCCCAGCCGAGCACCCAACGAAAUGGCCAGUUGGUAAUCUGCAGCCUUUCUUCUCAAAACCAGCAGCCAGUGAUUCAAGGCUACUUGUCUAGCCACAAAGGUCAGACUGUCAUCCAGCCUUGCUUCCCCAAAGGUCUGCCUCAACUGCAUGACAAUCGGCCUCAUUCCCAAGACCACCACCCUUUUAGUCCUAGUUCACAAGGAAAAAAGGAAAACAUUGCUUUAAAAGUGGAAAUUGGAGAAGACUGUCAGAACUCUAAAGAAACCUACGCUGAAGGGGAAUGUUGUGGAUCUUUGAAGUCUCCUGUCACUCAGCCAAAUGGCUUAGUGACCUCCAAAAAACUGACAAGCUCAGCCAGGCCUGUGUCCUCCGUAGAAGCCAACAACCCUUUGGUCACACAGUUACUACAAGGCAGUCUGCCUCUUGAAAAAGUUUUACCAUCACAUUCUGCAAAUAGGCUUGCUUUUAGCAUAUUACCUGGUCAACCAGCAAGACCACCAGAAGCUGGCCAUAGGUCUGAAUUUUCUGUCCAGUGUCCUGCUCCAGAUUUGACUCAUAACCUUCCGAAGUCACCCACAGACAGUCCAGUCUCAUGUCUUACGGGUGCCCAAGAUGCGCCUCAGUACCAGCCCCAACUAGUUGUCGGGGCUGUCCCCGUCAUUACCUCUCUGCCCAUUUCUUCAGCUUCUUUGUCAUCCAAAGGCAAGUCAGAAGGUGUGUCUCUGGCUGCUCUGGAAUCUAGAGUUAUUAAAGAGUAUUGUGGUCAUCAGCAUUCACAGAGGGACACUCCAGACAGAUCUGAUCAAAUCAUGUCCAACAAUCUCUCUACUCCUGCAGAAACCUACCAUGCUGAAGCAAUGGCCAGUGCUAAGUUUAACAUUCAGCUUUCACAGUCUCAGCAUCCCCACUCUCAUCAGAGAAAGCUGUCUCCUGCACCUGGUGUGAAAAAUGAAAUUAGUCCGCGGCCUUCUUGCCAGGCCAUUGCCAAGUCUGUACCUACCAUACUUGGUGUGACUAAAAAGGAGCCGGGGAACUCCACUGAUGGGUAUUUAACCGGAGGAGCAAUGGAGGGACUUCUCAACAUGGAGAUGACAUUGACGAGGAUAUCAAAGAAAGAGCACAGCAAAACCCCCUGUUCAUCCAGCUCCCCUUCCCCUCUUUCUCCUUUACCCUCGUCUUCAUCGUCCUCCCUUCCCUUCCAAAUAUAUGGAAAGUUGCCUAAACAAGGUGGAAGUGGUGGAGUGGUAAGCUACACAGCUAAUGUGUCAAUGAUGGAUAACGGUGGCUUCUCCCGCGGCAUGGCUGACGGCGUACUCCAGCUGCGUCCCCGCUUGGCCUCCAGCCACGCCACACUCAGUAUUCAAGCUUUUACGGACACUACAGCUGAAGAAGUAGCACUGAAGUGCUCAUGUCGCCUCAAAGCCAUGAUCAUGUGCCAAGGCUGUGGUGCUUUUUGCCAUGAUGAUUGCAUUGGACCUUCCAAACUCUGUGUUUCGUGCUUGGUGGUCAGAUAGUGUGUUCUAGUCUCUGUGCACUGUAGAAUUGCAGUCUGUAAAAUACCAGCAGCAUUAUUGGGCAGCUUCGGAGUGUACAGAAGCCUAAUGAGGCUAGAGAACACAGGGCAAUCCAGACUGGCAAAACAUGUCUUGUAAAAUAAGUUUCUUUUGUUGUUGCAGAUUUUGUGAGGAAUUUUUUUUUCUUUUUCUUCUAGGUGUAUUGAUUUAUAUUAUUGUUGUUGUGAAUCUGGGGCAUGCUUAACUGUGUAAAUCUUGCCAUUUACCUCAUUGUCUUGCUCCAUUUUGCAUCAUUUGGAGGUCACUGUUUUUUUUUUUUUAUGUCUUAUUUGCUCUGCAAAUAGGAACUGACUGUAUGUCCAAAGAAAUAUUUUUUUAUCCAUUAAAACAAGUAAAUAAAAUGUCACCUUAUUUGA